AUGGAGAUGUACCAGCUGGAAGAUGAGUCCGCCCACCUGGACGAAAUGCCACUCAUGAUGUCUGAAGAAGGCUUCGAGAAUGACGAGAGCGAUUACCACACGCUACCACGAGCGAGGACCGCGCGACGAAGGAGAGGACUGGAGCGGUUUGUCUGUGGAGGCUGGAAGCUCCUCUGUACCAGUUGCUGUGAUUGGCUGGUAAAUAUUUGUCAAAGAAAGAGAGAACUAAAAGCUCGCACAGUGUGGCUCGGAUGUCCUGAAAAGUGUGAAGAGAAGCAUCCCCGAAACUCUAUCAAAAACCAGAAAUACAAUAUAUUUACCUUUAUACCCGGGGUUUUGUAUGAACAAUUCAAGUUUUUCUUGAAUCUCUAUUUUCUGGUAGUAUCCUGCUCGCAGUUUGUACCAGCAUUGAAAAUAGGCUAUCUCUACACCUACUGGGCUCCUCUGGGAUUCGUUUUGGCUGUUACCAUCAUGAGGGAAGCAAUUGAUGAAUUUCGGCGUUUUCAGCGAGACAAGGAAGUAAAUUCACAGCUCUACAGCAAGCUCACAGUAAGAGGUAAAGUGCAAGUUAAGAGUUCAGACAUACAAGUUGGAGACCUCAUCAUAGUGGAAAAGAAUCAAAGAAUUCCAUCGGACAUGGUAUUUCUGAGGACGUCAGAAAAAGCAGGUUCGUGUUUUAUUCGCACUGACCAGCUCGAUGGUGAAACUGACUGGAAGCUGAAGGUGGCGGUGAGCUGCACGCAGAGGCUGCCAGCCUUGGGGGACCUUUUUUCGAUCAGUGCUUAUGUUUAUGCUCAGAAGCCACAACUGGAUAUUCACAGUUUUGAAGGCACCUUUACCAGGGAAGACAGUGACCCGCCCAUUCACGAAAGUCUCAGCAUAGAAAAUACACUGUGGGCGAACACCAUUGUGGCGUCAGGUACUGUAAUAGGUGUUGUCAUUUAUACGGGAAAAGAGACUCGAAGUGUAAUGAACACAUCCAAUCCAAAAAAUAAGGUUGGUUUGUUGGACCUUGAACUCAACCAGCUGACCAAAGCGCUGUUUGUGGCUUUAGUUGCCCUGUCGGUUGUUAUGGUAACCUUACAAGGAUUUGUUGGCCCGUGGUACCGCAGCCUGUUUCGGUUCCUCCUCCUCUUUUCCUACAUCAUUCCCAUAAGUCUGCGCGUGAACUUGGACAUGGGCAAGGCCGCGUACGGGUGGAUGAUCAUGAAGGACGAGAGCAUCCCCGGCACAGUCGUGCGCACCAGCACCAUCCCGGAAGAGCUGGGACGCCUGGUGUAUCUGCUGACCGACAAAACAGGAACCCUCACCCAGAACGAGAUGGUGUUUAAGCGGCUGCACCUGGGGACUGUGUCUUAUGGAGCAGACACGAUGGACGAGAUCCAGGGCCACCUCAGGAAUCCGUGCCCGCAGAUGCAGUCCCAGGCUGGCGGAAACAAUGCCAGUUCAACGCCCCCGAGAAAAGCCCAGUCUUCAGCUCCCAAAGUCAGAAAAAGUGUCAGCAGCCGAGUGCACGAAGCGGUGAAGGCCAUCGCGCUGUGCCACAACGUGAGCCCCGUGUACGAGUCCCGAGCCGGUGUGGGCGGGGAGGCCGAGUACGCCGAGGCAGAUCAGGACUUCAGCGACGGGAACCGGACCUACCAGGCCGCCAGCCCGGACGAGCAGGUGCAGUCCGCAGAUGAAAGUCCGCUUCUGCCAGAGGGCAUCCUGCCGAGCACCCUGCAAGCCAAGCUGGAGGCUGUGCUCACCCGACCGUCCCGUGCUGGCCACACGAGCGCCUCCGGCGUGGAAGUCCCAGAUGUGCUGCGGGUUGGGGUGCGGGACGUGACCAACAAGCAGACCCCCACACGUAUACGCUUUGGCGUGCACGGCGGCCUGCCCGGUGGCCUGGCCGCCACGGUUGUCCAGAUAUGGAUGCUGACAGGCGACAAGCUCGAGACCGCCACCUGCAUUGCCAAGAGCUCGCAUUUGGUGUCCAGAACCCAAGACAUUCACAUUUUCAGACCAGUGACCAAUCGGGGAGAGGCCCACUUGGAGCUUAAUGCCUUCCGGAGGAAGCACGACUGUGCUCUGGUCAUAUCUGGGGACUCCCUGGAGGUGUGCCUCAAGUACUACGAGCACGAGCUGGCGGAGCUGGCCUGCCAGUGUCCCGCCGUGGUGUGCUGCCGCUGCUCGCCCACCCAGAAGGCCCGCAUCGCGAAGCUGCUGCAGCACCACACAGGGAAGCGCACGUGUGCCGUCGUCUCCUCUCGGCAGGCCGUGUUCUCCUCUGUCUUCUACUUCGCAUCCGUCCCUCUGUACCAAGGAUUCCUCAUGGUGGACGUGCCGGGGACGUGGCCGGGGACGUGGCCGGUGACGGCCCCACAGCAGACGCCCCGGGCCGGGAGCCGGCGCCACACCAGACCCCGGGAGAGUCUCCCCGCUAGCCACCACGUCUCUCCAGAUCCCCCACGGCAGCAACUGCUGCCAGUUCUGCCCGUCGAGCCUGGAAAGCGGGAGUUUUGUGUUACAGUGAAUGAAAUGGAGCUUCUCUUCCCCUCGUCCUUCAGAGUUACGCCAGGAAAUAAAACCGGCAGGACCGUCGGCGUGGCGAGCCCGGCACCCGCUGCCCUGCGCCGCCCGUGUGGUCGCUCCCCGGGCUCCAUCCGCACAGCAUCCCUGCGGCGCAGGCAUCAGCGGCUCCUCCGUGUCACGGGCAAGGAAGGACACACCCAGGGGCCGGGGAACGUGACAGAGGCCACAGCUUGUGCUCAGCUGGAACACCAGGAGCGGGCGUGCUGGUCCCGGGAGGCGCGGCCGCGGGCGGGUACCUUGGUGAGGUCCUUGUACAGCUCCGGGUACAGCAUCGCCGUCUCCGGCUUCACGUCUUGGUCCAGCACCAGCGAGAACACCGGGAACAUGGUGUAUAUGGUCGCAUACCUAAAACCCACAGGGAGUCAGUUUUGUCAUCGCAAGGCCACACUCGUGCCUCGCACUCAGCCUGACCCCCAGGAGGCUGUUCCAGGCACCACUGCAGCCGCGGGCACCCCGUUUGCCCGCUGGGCAACCAGUCACUUCUUGCUCCUGGACGUCACCUGGGACAUCCGCGAGUUAGGGGAGAGCGCGGUUCCUGCUGGACCUGUGUUCCGGACCACAGCCGAGGCCACUCUGAAACCUCUUCCGUUUAGGGGCCCUGAGCCUCUGACCCCUGUCGGCCGCGGCUGGAAGGCGGAUGGGAAAGCCCUCCGGCGGGGGGCGGGCGCAGGGGCCCCGUGUGCCGGGCUGCAGCCUCCGGAGCGCGUCUCUGUCCUCACGAAGCCGAGGGACCGCGUCCACAGGCUUCAAGUGGUGGUUCUGUGUGAAAGCGUGUCCUCCGGUUCCACCUGGAGAGGCUCGGCGGCUGCCUGCAGCUCUCCUGGUGGCAUCCCUGCAUCGGCCCGGUCUGUGUCCCCGCUGCCCCCCGGGGGCGCGGCCGUGAGGGUCUUCGCCUCCGUGAGGCUGCUUCCUGCACCUGCCGGAAGGAGGCGUCUCUUCCUCUGGGGUUUGUGGGGCCAGCCCGUGGCUCCUCCUGGAGAAACUCCGCCACCCAAGGCCGACGUGGAGGGAAGCAGAUCUGGAGGCGGGUUUGCGAGCGGUUCAAGCGUCUGGAUCCGGCCGGGCCCGCGGGCCUGUGAGCGUGUCGCCGGGCUGAGGACACGACUCCCCUCCUGCUCAGGCCGGUCUGACUGGUGCUGCCACGGCUACGGGAGCCACGCGGCGUACAAGACACAGCAAGUGUACGUGGCCAGACACGAUCUUCUCCUCCUGCGUGCGGACGGGGACGGCCCAGCUGCGGAGGCAGAUGAGAACCAAGCGAUGCCCCGAAGAGGCAGGAAGAAGGAGGCGCUGGGCCGCGUGGUCUGCCGGAGCCCACGGAGGACGCUGCCUCGCUCUGCACCUGGAAUACUCUUGGGAAACACAAACUGGGCCGCGCCGGCGGUCCACGGCGUGUGCCCGUCGGGCGGCGCAGAUGUUGCCUUCAUCACGACCGUGACCUUCGUGUGGAAAGUGUCGGCCAUCACCAUGGUCAGCUGUCUGCCGCUGUACGUCCUCAAGUACUUGAAGCGGAAGCUGUCUCCCCCCAGCUACACCAAGCUCACGUCCUAG